UACAGUUUGCACUAAUGAAUAUACGCAAUAAAGUAGGUGGUGGGCUGGUUCCUGGCAGACACAGCUAGAUGACUAAACGGAGCAGAAAGGGGAAAUGAUUCUUCGAGCAUUUGUCUGUUCUGUUUUAAUGAUUUUGGUGUUCUAGGAUAGUCUACGGAGCACGAUAUCAGGUAGGAUGAAAGACAGACUGGUUGACCUGAAGGGGGUGGCCCCCGCUUCUUCAGACGAGGGAGGUCAGGGUCGGGGCACUGAUGACGAGGAACAGCUGGAGCACCAGUCAGUGGUGUUCGAAGGCGAAGACAUGAUGGACAGCAUCUUCAGAGAGGUCCAUUCGAUGAGGAAGGAGAUCACUCUGCUCCGGAUGGAUGUGAAGCGCCUGGGCAAGCAGAACACCCGAUUCCUCACCUCUGUCCGUCGGAUCAGCUCCAUCAAACGAGACUCCAAUGCCCUGGCCAAGGGCAUCAAGACCCGGGGGGAGGGCAUCUACACACGGCUGGAGAAGAUCGGCAUGCAGCACAAACGGCUGGAAGAAGAGCAUGGUGCCCAUUCUGCUCUGGUUCGCAUGGUACGCUCACAGUAUGUUUCUCUCACCGGGGCCUUCCAUGAGGCCAUGUCUGAGUACAACCAAGCGGAGAUGGGCCAGAGGGAGAACUGCAAAACCCGGAUCCAGCGCCAGGCAAAGAUAAUGGGCAAGGAGGUGACCGGAGAUCAGAUUGAGGAGAUGGUUGAGACGGGUAAGUGGAACGUGUUCUCCGACAACCUCCUGGCGGACGGGCGGACGGCGCGAUCAGCGCUUACGGAGAUCGAGAACCGGCACAAGGAGCUGGUUGAGCUGGAGAGUCGGAUCAAGGACAUCCAUGAGCUGUUCUUCCAGAUGGCUCUGCUAGUGGAGGAACAGGGGGCCAUGGUGGACAACAUAGAGGCCAACGUAGUCGCAACAACAGACUUUGUGGGCAAGGCCCAGGCUCAGAUCAAGCUGGCGGUGAAGUACAAGAAGAACAACCCCUGUAGGAAGUUGUUCUGUUGCUGUUUCCCAUGCUGCAACAAGUGAGACCGAUUGUGUUUUUGUUUUAUCUCAAGUCAAGAUCCUCUCAAAAGUGUUUUCAUGGCCAUGACAAUGUAUGUAAAGAAGUAGAAGUAAUCAAUUUGCAGUUGUUUACACACGUAUGCACUUGAUCCUGAAUAUUUUAAGAUGUACAGUAUGGGUGUUCCAAUGUACACUGAGUGUACAAAACAUUAAGAACACCUUAAUAUUGAGUUAAACCUGCUACCAUUCCCCUUUGAAAGGCACUUAUAUUUUGUCUUGCCCAUUCACCAUCUUUGCCCACCUUGCCCAUUCACCAUCUGAAUGGCACACAGACACAAUCCAUGUUUCCAGGUUUAAACAUCCUUCUUUAACCUGUCUCCUCUCCUUCAUCUACACUGAUUGAACUGGAUUUAACAGGUGACAUUAAUAAGGGAUCAUAGCUUUCAACUGAUUCACCUGGUCAGUCUAUAUCAUGGAAAGAGAAGGUGUUCCUAAUGUUUUGUACACUCCGUGGUAUGUUUGUUUAAAAUGAUUUAUGCCGUUUGAAUGAGAAUGUGCCAUUUUGAAUGUCAUGCAGCUAUUUCUGCCUCUUACCGUAGAAGAUACAUUUUAUAUUAACACCCUUGCCUAGCUGGUGUUAGGAGAGAAGACCAAGUAUCUUGAUGUCAAACCGCAGAAGCUAACAUGCAAUAGUGUGAUAUGGGGUGUUCCAUUUCUUUAAUGUUGUAAAAAGAAAACAUUUGUUCGGUGCUCCAGGCUGGCAGUUAAAAGAGUACUUGAUUAGUCAAUCAAGAAUGUUUACUUGAGUGCAGUUCAAAUGUUUCCUUCUCCCACUAUUCCUUUAACUUUCAGCUGUAUUGAAUGUUUGUAAAAUAAUUAAAAAAAUAUAUAUUUUAUAUUAUUUAUGUUUCAUAACAGGAUAUUGGGAAUUUUAUGAACACAAAUGCUGUAGAAUGGCCCUUUGUGUUUCAUUUGAGCAUUCAUUUUUGAUGUACACAAUUACUUGAUCAUGAUGCAUCAUUCUCAACUGUUAUCAUUGUGAUACAUUUGAGUUCCUUUCUUGGAGACACAACCGUUAUUGCUACACUGACUGAUAUUGCAACUGAAGGCAACCUCAAAAUGACUCAACUGGAUUUGACAUUGUUACGAAAACAAGACUGUGCCUCAAUUUUUCCAUUGUAUAGUACACAUCACAUGCAGAUAUCCAAGAGACCAUUGCUAUUUCUAGUGUCCAUCAUGAGUCAAAAACAGACUCAGAGAAUCCUCAUCAGAUUGCUGUGACGUGAAGGCUAACUUUCAACGUCUGUGUUCCAUAACCCCACCAGCAAGUGAGGUACCCAUCUCUCUGUUCGACAAUCGCCCAAUCCUAAAUCAACCACUCACUGCUCCUUCCCCACAGAUAUCUAAUGACCCCGCUGUGUAGAUCUGAAAGGAUUGGAUGCGUAAACUAUAUAGUAAUACUUCCACUAUAUGGACAUCCAUGAGCUGUUCUUCCAGAUGGCUCUGCUGGUGGGUGGAGGAACAGAGGGCCAUGGUGGCCAACGUAGUCGCAACAACAGACUUUGUGGGCAAGGCCCAGGCUCAGAUCAAGCUGGCGGUGAAGUACAAGAAGAACAACCCCUGUAGGAAGUUGUUCUGUUGCUGUUUCCCAUGCUGCAACAAGUGAGACAGACAGAGACCAAUAUCAGUGUUAUUGUUUUAUCUCAAGAUCCUCUCAAAAGUGUUUUCAUGGCCGUGACAAUGUAUGUAAAGAAGUAGAAGUAAUCAAUUUGCA